AUGAGUGUAGACGGUGUUGUAUUGGCCACCGAAAAUGACCAUACGUAUAAUAGGCGACAGCGUAGGGAUCGUCGAUGGUGGGCAAUAGAAUUGUUCCACCGUAGAGAACAAGCUGGAAACCGGCUGUUAGAUACCAUUAUGGCCGAACAGGUGAGCGAGACGAUCAAGACAUUCCUGCGGAUGACGAAGGAAGAUUUUGAUUAUCUACUAUCCCUUAUUGCUCCUAAAAUCCAACGGCUGGAUACACAUAUGCGGGAAUCAAUUACGACCCAAGAACGGUUGAUGAUCACUCUGCGCUUUUUGGCAACUGGAGAGACAUUCACCGGCCUCCAGUUUGUGUUCCGCGUUUCCAAAUCGUCAAUAAGCUUGAUUGUGAGGGAUGUGUGUUCGGUCCUCAACGAGCAAUUACGGACCUAUGUAAAAAUGCCGUCCACUACACAGCAAUGGCGAGAAAUUUCAAAGAAGUUUGAAGACCGGUGGAAUUUUCCCUAUGCCAUAGGAGCCAUCGAUGGGAAAAAUCUUCAAAUUCGAGCACCAAGCCACAGUGGUUCAGAAUAUUAUAACUACAAAAUUUUUUUCAGCAGCGUACUACUUACGGUAGUUGAUGCUGACUACAGUUUUCUGCAUGCCAAUAUUGGAGGAAACGGUGGCAUUUCAGACGGAGGUGUAUUUAAAAACAGUAGCCUAUUCCAGCGUUUGGAAAACAAUAGCCUCAACUCAACCAUUGCAGAUACCAUACAUUAA